GUUUAUUCAAAUUCCAUGAUUGCUGCCUUUGCUUCUUCUUGCUUGGUCUACUCUUUCUAGUUUCUACCCCUAUGGACUUGUUUGCUUUUCUCUUGUAAUUGUUAAUGCCUGUAUGAUUAAGAAAAUGGAGUUGUUUAACUGAAAAAAGCAUGCAAUUAAACUGCGUAUCUGUGUUGUUAUUUCAUCUUUGAAGCUUGUCGAUGGGGAUCUGCUUUAUGGCAUCCCUUUCUAUAUUUAGAUGGAGAAGUUUUGGUUUCUCAAAGAUAUGUUAGGCUUGUGUCCUAUUUGUGUAAUAGGAAACAGGUUAGCAAAGCAAGUUUGGUAUUUAUCCUUCUAAAAAGUCUAAAGUGGACACAUAUUCCUUGUUUCUAUGCAAGAUUUAUAUAUUUCCCCUGAAAUGCUAAUGCUUUGAGUCCAGGAAAGGAAGAUACCAAAACCCUCCCCACCAAUUAGAGCUAACUCUAUACCUUGCCAAUCUUCAUAAGCCUAAAACCCAACCUCCCUUUUUUCUCCAUCCCCUUACAAAAACAAAAGCAUCGAAUCCUUUGGUCGAAUGUUGUCACUUGCUGGGCACCAUAUCUCUUGCCCCCAAUGCACCCCGAACGUCGAACCCACUUCCUAGUCUGGGUUGCUGCCGUCCUCUGCACCAUCAUAACCACCUGUGUCAUCAUUGCCGGCGUCGUCACCUUCAUAGGCUACCUUGUCAUCCACCCGAGAAUUCCCGACGUUAGCGUGGUAGGCGCCAGCCUCGACACCUUUAGGUUCGAUUCCGCCGGAGUGUUAGUGAUUCAGUCCACGAUCGUCAUGCGCGCACACAACGGAAACAAGAAGGCGCACGCGAGGUUCUAUAAUUGGCACUUCAUCUUCAGCUUGGAUGAAAUGGACAUAGCAUAUCUCCAGAUAGCAGACCCUUUCGACGUGAGAAAGAACAGCUCCGUGGAUUUUAACUAUGUGGCUCAAUCGACGCCGGUGAUAUUGGACCCCGAGACGGAGGAUUGGGUGGACGGGUCGUUGAAGCGGGAUCAGAUUGCUUUCAAUCUCAAGGGAAGCACUAGAGCACGAUGGAGAGUUGGCCUCCUGGGGUCAGUUAAGUUCACAUGUAACUUGGAUUGUCAGCUUCGUUUUCAUCGGAAUGGAACUUACAUUCCAUCACGCUGCACCUCCCAGGCAAAAUAAUAUUCUUUUCUUCCUCCUUUUUUCUUUAAAUCUUAUAACUUUUGUAUGCCCAUAGUUCUGGGUUCUUCUCAUAGAAAAAUCAGACUAAACUUUUAUUUUCUUCAGUAGAGGCAAAGCUUAAUAGUAAUAAUGUUAGAUUUUAACA